CUUAUUGGAAGUAAUGACGGCAUCAGUGUUCUGCUUUUCCUGGAAGCUAUUCUGUUUUCCCUCUGUCCUCCAUUCACCCUCUCUCUCUCUGUGUGUCUCCCCACAGCUGAUUCUCUAGAUGGGGAGGAGUACCUGGAUAUAUCAGGGAUCAUGAGGAACCAGGCGGGCCGCUACGAAUGCAAAGCCAGCAAUGACGUGGCAACACCGGACGUCAAAUACGUCAAUGUUGUCGUCAACUGUAAGUCACUUUUUGGGGGGUGACUCCUGUUUCUCCUGGCCUUAUGUUUUUUUUAUAAUGCCCAGUUUACUACAUUGAGAUCCAUGAUGUGUCUUUCAUGAAUUGAUGAUUGGUUUUAUGCAGAGAGGAAAAAAAUAUAACCAAGAUGAACUGUUGUGAUUGAAUCCUCAGAUCCUCCCGCUAUCAAGAAUGCCAAGAGCUCUGAAACCCAGGUGGGCCGAAUGGGGGUUCUUCAGUGUGACGCGGCCGCAGUGCCCAAACCAGAGUUUGAGUGGUACAGAGAUGACAAGAGGUAAGCAUUUUGUGGUUGUUUGAGUCCCAGAUUUCCCCUUUAAUACAUAUCCUUUGGUCACAAUGGGGGAAGAGCCUACCCUAUCAUCAGGCAGAGGAGUCUGGUGGGAGGAGCUAUAGGAGGAUGGGCACAUUGUGAUGGCUGGAAUGGAAUGAAUAGAAUGGGAUCAAACAUAUGGAAACCCCGUUUGACUCCAUACCAUUAAUUCCAUUCCAGCCAUUACAAUGAGCCCGUCCUCCUAUAGCUCCUCCCACCAGACUCCUCUGCCUGUCAAAUGAAAAUGUAAAAUUGUCUAGGCAACCAAUUUCACACCUGUGACAGAGAGGACACUUAUAGAGGAGAACUGUAGGUGGACAUUUGUAUGUGAUCAUAUUCCAGCUAAGCAAUGACAACCAUGUUCCUUUCCUCUUAGCACUAGCACACCUUAGCACUUAGCACACCUCUUAGCACACCUCUGAGAUUGCUUCACUGUAACAUAUUCAGUGGCUAUGCAAAGCAGAAAAGUGAAAGUGUUUAUGGUAAUAUUCAUGAAAAUAAAAUUACAGAAACUAAACAGUCUUUAUAAGCUCUAAGUCAAGUUGAUGUUUGUGAUAAAACAUUAUAAAUUGAGGAGCAAAAGUAGUCUAUGUACUCAGUAUAGAAUUUAUGAUUGUUCAGAUAUUUCAAUUGUUCACUACCAUUAUCUUAUAACAAUGGGUCAGUCAGCACUUUGCCCUUCUGACUCCAAUCAUUUCACGUCCCUUUUGAUUAGCUGAGGUGAUUUGGUCAAGUGUGAAAAGCUCUAUAUAGAAACAAUUGAUCCUUGAUUGCGAUACGGUUUUGGAAACCUUUAACACUCAACUUAAUUAUCAUCCCAAUUUUGUUUUUCACAAAUGCAAAAGAUACACUUACUACACUGGUUUAAUUUUAUGUAAAAAAUAAUUUUGACAUUAACCCUCCAAAAUGUAAUUCAUUCAUAAACCUUUUUAAUUUCCAUAUGUACUAGGAAGCUAAGUCUUUGUUUCUUGGCUUUCAGGAAUGUCACUGAAAAAGUGCCCAGGUCUUGAAAAAGAACAAAUUAAACUGAUUGAAAGUAUAAUGAGGAUAUCAGCAAACAAAUGGCGUGGUCAAGGCUACGACAGCGCCAGUGCAAUGAGUGGAGCUUACUCAGGUGUUCAAAAGCGGAUAUCAGACCGAGAGCCUAAUGCUUCUUAGGUAGUUCAUUAUGAGUUUUAGUUUAGGAAACGAUCUCUCCGCAGAAGCGACAGUUAAAGGGAUGGUUAAAAAUAGCUUGAUUGCCGUAGCAACAUCAGGGAAACUGGGCAGAAGGGAGUGGUGCUUCAAAUACAGCAGUUCUGCAACAUCCUUAAUUGAGCCUCUCAUUCGCCUUAAUUCCCGGCCUCAACACCUUACGGAAAGAGAUUAACUACAGUGGGGGAAAAAAGUAUUUAGUCAGCCACCAAUUCUGCAAGUUCUCCCACUUAAAAAGAUGAGAGAGGCCUGUAAUUUUCAUCAUAGGUACACAUCAACUAUGACAGACAAAAUGAGAUUUUUUUUCUCCAGAAAAUCACAUUGUAGGAUUUUUUAUGAAUUUAUUUGCAAAUUAUGGUGGAAAAUAAGUAUUUGGUCAAUAACAAAAGUUUCUCAAUACUUUGUUAUAUACCAUUUGUUGGCAAUGACACAGGUCAAACGUUUUCUGUAAGUCUUCACAAGGUUUUCACACACUGUUGCUGGUAUUUUGGCCCAUUCCUCCAUGCAGAUCUCCUCUAGAGCAGUGAUGUUUUGGGGCUGUUGCUGGGCAACACGGACUUUCAACUCCCUCCAAAGAUUUUCUAUGGGGUUGAGAUCUGGAGACUGGCUAGGCCACUCCAGGACCUUGAAAUGCUUCUUACGAAGCCACUCCUUCGUUGCCCGGGCGGUGUGUUUGGGAUCAUUGUCAUGCUGAAAGACCCAGCCACGUUUCAUCUUCUUGCUGAUGGAAGGAGGUUUUCACUCAAAAUCUCACGAUACAUGACCCCAUUCAUUCUUUCCUUUACACGGAUCAGUCGUCCUGGUCCCUUUGCAGAAAAACAGCCCCAAAGCAUGAUGUUUCCACCCCCAUGCUUCACAGUUGGUAUGGUGUUCUUUGGAUGCAACUCAGCAUUCUUGGUCCACGACGAGUUGAGUUUUUACCAAAAAGUUAUAUUUUGGUUUCAUCUGACCAUAUGACAUUCUCCCAAUCCUCUUCUGGAUCAUCCAAAUGCACUCUAGCAAACUUCAGAUGGGCCUGGACAUGUACUGGCUUAAGCAGGGGGACACGUCUGGCACUGCAGGAUUUGAGUCCCUGGCGGCGUAGUGUGUUACUGAUGGUAGGCUUUGUUACUUUGGUCCCAGCUCUCUGCAGGUCAUUCACUAGGUCCCCCCAUGUGGUUCUGGGAUUUUUACUCACCUUGUGAUAAUUUUGACCCCACGGGGUGAGAUCUUGCGUGGAGCCCCAGAUCGAGGGAGAUUAUCAGUGGUCUUGUAUGUCUUCCAUUUCCUAAUAAUUGCUCCCACAGUUGAUUUCUUCAAACCAAGCUGCUUACCUAUUGCAGAUUCAGUCUUCCCAGCCUGGUGCAGGUCUACAAUUUUGUUUCUGGUGUCCUUUGACAGCUCUUUGGUCUUGGCCAUAGUGGAGUUUGGAGUGUGACUGUUUGAGGUUGUGGACAGGUGUCUUUUAUACUGAUAACAAGUUCAAACAGGUGCCAUUAAUACAGGUAACAAGUGGAGGACAGAGGAGCCUCUUAAAGAAGAAGUUACAGGUCUGUGAGAGCCAGAAAUCUUGCUUGUUUGUAGGUGACCAAAUACUUAUUUUCCACCAUAAUUUGCAAAUAAAUUCAUAAAAAAUCCUACAAGGUGAUUUUCUGGAUUUUUUUUCUUCUCUAUUUGUCUGUGAUAGUUGACGUGUACCUAUGAUGAAAAUUACAGGCCUCUCUCAUCUUUUUAAGUGGGAGAACUUGCACAAUUGGUGGCUGACUAAAUACUUUUUUCCCCCACUGUAUAUAGGAAGCUCUGGGGACAGGUUGUCUGGAUACAAAUUGGCAGAUGCAAACAGGUUAUCAUAUUUAGCAGACAACCGUUCUUGAGGGCUUUGAACAAAAAUAAACGAUUUUCGUUCAUACUGGUGAACCGUCGUUUGAGUUGUGUGGUUGCAAUAUCAAUAGUCCCUUAUCUCUGGUAUAUCUUGGCAUGCAUCAUUCAAGACUUAGUUUAAAUUGUGUGCAGUGCAAUGGACAUACACUGAGUGUACAAAACAUUAUGAACACCUGCUCAAUAUUAGGAAGGUGUUCUUUAUGUUUUGUACACUCAGUGUAUAAUGUACAAUGUCUCAGGAAAAACUAUCUGGGGUGGCAAUACUCAUGAUAGAACAGUCGGGCCCGCAACCUAGACCUACAGGCCGUGGUGAAAACAUUUGCACACAAAAAAGGAGGACUUCAGGAGACCAGGGGAUUCUCUCAAGUUGGAUUUAAUUUGAUUUAGGCAUCAUUUGUGUAGGCUAUUAGCCAGACAAAACCCGCUGAAUUCAACAAUAGAUAGUGGCUGAAUUUAUCCUCAAACCAACAACAUUUUUCCUCAUUGUUAUUUUAUGUGUAAUUUUUUAUAAAUAGCACCUAAAUUGCAGCUAUAGAUAGUACACUGCAUAAUGAAACAAUCCCUAGUAACCUAGUGUUUUGAGGGUGGACCUAAUGUAUUAUUUGGCAUUAAUAGACUGAUUUUACACACAACAACUUUUCUAUCCAAGCUGGGAGAGAGAGUGAGGACGGCUCAGUUCAUGCAGGUUCAGGUAGCCUAUAUACAGCUGUAUAUUCAAAAAAGUCAAUUGGUAGGUGAUUGGUAUUCUGUUGUAUUAAACAUUUAUUUGACAAUCUGCAAUGUUUGAAUUUCCAACUUUAAUUACUGAAAAUGCAAUUACAUAAUUGCCACCAACCAGCCAGCAGUCAAAAAAUGGCAGCAUUGCGACAACGUGUAUAGCAUCGUGAAAUAUUAGGCUUAAUCUGAGAAAAUGAUGACCAAAUAGGCCUACCGAUAAACAUUUAUCCAUUAGCUAAAGCAAAGCUAUGCCCUGGCACCAUAGAAAGCCUAUCAUCGAUUCGAUAGGCAUGCAGCCGCAUAGACAUGUUGCAAUUUCAGCACCAUGGACAGCGAUCGGUUGUCUACUUUGUUAGUGGCUGUCUGGCUGACACAUUCAAUUAUUAUAAUGGCUACAUUGCAGGGGGCCCAGAGAAACUGUGUUACACCAGUGACUUACUGUUAGCUGUUUUAUCACAGAUUUCGACAAAGGUUUUUUGUGUAACAGCUUCGAGACAAAAAAUGUUUUGUGUUCCCUCCUGGGUUUCCAUAAGCUCCGGAAGUGUCGUAGUUCAGGUAAAUAUGCAACGCAAAACACCUCCGCGUAAGUGUAUCUUUUGUAUUUGUAAAAUUGUUUUUCGAUGAUAAUAAGUUGUGUUCAAGGUUUCCAAAACUGCAUCACAAGGAUUAUUAACCUUUAGACAGAGCAUCGGGGCUCUUAACAUAUAGGUUUGUGAAUUAACUGUAAGGCGCUAACAUUACUGUACAUGAAUGGGAAACAUUUCGAUUAGAAGGGAGAGUAUACCUUCUUGUCAAAUUGUUUUGGCUAGUAAAGAAUUAUGUAUAUUCACUAAUGAAUCAGCUGGCAUACAGAAUCAAACCACAAUCCAAAAAUCUAAAUAACCAAGCCUUCCAAAUGUUCCAGAAGCAAUACUCCACAGAGGAUAUUUUUUUUGAAAAUCAAUACAAUAUCCCUUAAACAAGUCUUUGUGAAUGUUCUCACUUGUAUGGAGUUGAAAAAAACUAGUCUUUUAAACUACGAAGAGUUUCUUGGUUACAAACAUUUCUGACCACAACAUCACAGUCAAGAUGGCUUCCUGACACACCCACUCAAACCAGGAAGUGACUAUGGGUGUGGCCUGGGAGUGAACGGGCGGAGCCCACAACCUUUACACAUCUCAAGGAACCAUGGAACAUUCUGGAUUACAAUCUUACUGUAGUUGUUUUGUUCCCCUGAACUCCUGGCUUGGUUAUUUCUUGAGAAAAAUCCACAUCUCAGGCCAUCUGUUUUUGUGGAUCCAGCGAUAUGCCACAAUCCAAAAUGAAUGGAAAGGAUAAGCACCAUAUCAUUUCCAGAUUUGCUGUGCUUAUCUUUUCAUUUGGGGUUGACUAAUAUAGCUAGAUCUACACAGCCAAUGGCAUGGGAUGUGGACUUGUGUUGACAUUAGACUGCCUUUGAGGUCAGAAAACAUCUGCCAAACUUUCAAUUCAAACUCUAAUAAUCCUUUAAGUUCCCUUCCUUACCUCUGCAUGAUGUAGCAUGUUAUUACUUUAUCUCCUUCAAAUACUUGCUUAAUGUAAUACAAUACCAUAAUAUCAAAUCAUGCUUGGCCAGUUGAUUUUAUGUCUUGCCUUUAACAAUGAACUUAAUGUACCUUAUCAAGCAUAUUUACUUCCACAUUGCAAGAGGCUUGUUCCCCAACUUGUUUCCUGUAAUUUCCUUUAACCUUACCAGCACUGACCUUGUCAUGACUGCCCACGACUGCUGUUACAUUUGAACUACUUUACCACUGAGAUCUCCACACAAUCUCCCAGUGGCAUCUGAUGUAUAGGAAUCCUGUAGUGCUUAUUGAUAGUUUAGCAAUUAGCAUUUCCCAAGCCUGACCCACUCCUCCUAAUCCUCUACUGGGGAUUCUGAGGCUCAUUACAGUUGCUGCUGCUUGGUCCUUUGAUCUGGAACCUCCUGCGCCUCUAUUAGUCUCUCUAGUUUAUGAUUACAUUCCUCGUCUUGGCACCUGCCCUGAACUAUGCCGCAUGAAAGUCUUCGGGGAAGAGGAGGGUGGUACAGUAUAGCCUGGUUAACCCUGACUGGACACUGCGCUCACUCAUUGUGAACUGAAACAAUGGUGAGUGUAGAGAUCAGUCGGGUUUAACCAGGCUAGUUACAAUACGUUGGUUCUUGUUCAGGCUCCUGUGCUGUUCAGAGCCUGAUAUUCCAACAAUGUUGAAUAUGGGGAAGCGUUUUUGUUUCUCCCCAUCAACAUGAGUUGCUGUCACAACCUCUUGAGAACAUUUUUCAUUUUCCCUGCCACCUACAAAACUCGACAUGUCUUGUUGAUUUCCUUUAUCAACAGCCUGUAGACAUCCUACUUCUGUCACUCACCGUUUCCUAUAAUAGCCUACUUUAGAUGCACCCACAUGCAAACUGGAGAGACGAAGAAUGAGAUGUGUCUGCCUGAUUGUUUGACACAUUCCCGUUCAAACCAGUCACCCUCUCUGUACCCUUUUCCCCCUUUCAAUGCUGGAAUCAAAUAUGUCCUUCUGUUAAAGAAUGGCUGUGGCUUCUUAAAGAUAAUAUGUAAUUUAAAAGACAUGUGCUGCCAUCUGCCAGUGGAAGAUGAUGGUGCAAUGAACUAGGUAUUAUUUGGAUCCAUUCACUGGAUGCUUCAGACUUCACACAGUUGCUUAUGACCUGACCAUAGCAGGAUAUGUUGUAUUCCCUACUGCUCAACCUGGACUUGGGGGUAGAUGUAACAUUGUAAAUGUAAAUCUGUCUUCCUCCAUUUAGUAUGAUAUGUUACGAAUUCCAAUUUGUUGUGGCUAACGUUAGCUAGGUGGCUAACGUUAGCUAGGUGGCUAAUGUUAGCUAGGCUAGGUGUUAGGCUUAGAGUUUAAAGUUAGGGUUAAGGUUAGGAGUUAGGUUAAAGGGUUAGAGGAAGGGUUAGUUAACAUGCUAAGUAGUUGCAAAGUAGCUAAAAAGUAGUAAGUAAUUGCAAAGUUGCUAAAGUUGUCCGUGAUGAGAAUCGAACAUGUAACCUUUGGGUUGCUAGACGUUUGCAUUAUAUGCCCACCCGUCCACCCCGAACAACUAUCUACCCUCCCUCCUUUCGUUUUUGCCUCAACUAACUUUCUGUCUUAUGUAACCAUACCAAGCUGUGCUGUUAGAACCAAACCCAAUCAUCUAACAGCAUGCAUGUGCUCUGAAAUCCCAUAGUGCCUUUAGUAUCUAGGGAGUCACCUGGCCCAGGUUUGAUAUUUCAGUCUAAUGCCAUUUUCCAUGACAUGAGCCACAUGUCUUCAUUGGCCUUAUCAUCACUGGUGGUGUGAACGAUCCCACUAAAGUUUUGAAGUCCCUCCAUGCUCAACCCAAGGUGUCCCACUAGGAGGAUCUCAGCACUUUCUCAACUUUCUGCUUCCCCGCCACCAGAUUAUGCUGUCUCAUGAUGUGCACUGGCUUUCCUUUUUAUGCAAAUGUUUUAUACUACCGUGUGUCAGCACAAAACCAAACCCACUGCCCCCUUAAGUCAGUCUCAGCUAUCCUAGCACAUUAGAAUGUUAAAGGUUGGAUCAGUUUGAAGCCCUUCAUACAUUACCUUAAGUGUGUCUCUACAAUCUAUUAUAUACUGACUAUACCAAACAUUAUGAACACCUUCCCAAUAUUGAGUUGCCCCUCCCCCUUUUGCCCUUAGCCUCAAUUCGUCGGGGCAUGGACUCUACAAGGUGUCGAAAGCGUUCCACAGGGAUGCUGGCCCAUGUUGACUCCAAUGCUUCCCACAGUUGCUUCUUGUUGGCUGGAUGUCCUUGAUACACACAGGAAACUGUUCAGUGUGAUGAACCCAGCAGUGUUGCAGUUCUUGACACAAACCGGUACACCUGACCCCUACCACCACACCCCGUUCAAAGGCACUUAAAUAUUUUGUUUUGCCCAUUCACCCUCUGAAUGGCAUACAUACACAAUCCAUGUCUCAAUUGUCUCAAGGCUUAAAAGUCCUUCUUUAACCUGUCUCCUCCCCUUCAUCUACACUGAUUGAAAUGGAUUUAACAAGUGACAUCAAUAAGGGAUCAAAGCUUUCACCUGGAUUCACCUGGUCAGUCUAUGUCAUGUUGUGUGUACUCAGUGUCAAUAGACUCUAUGAUAAGGCAAACCGAUGUUAUCAUAAUUCAUUAUUUGUAUGUAAAUGUAUGCGAGGAACUGUGUGAAUAUUGAUUUUCGCAUUAAUUUGUCUUUGAAUCGAUCUGACUAGUACUGUACUCUAUGUAUUCUAAAGACAAAAGUCGCAGACAAAUCAGAUGUCCUGAGUCUUAUGCAUAUUGUAUUAUAAUGCCUAACGUGAUGUACCGUCUUGUCCAGGCUAUCCAACGCCCAGGGAAUCAGCAUCCAGAUUGUAGGGACCACAACUGUCCUGAUGAUCUCCAACGUUACAGAGGAGGACUAUGGCAACUACACAUGUGUUGCAACCAACAGACUCGGGAUCCAAAAUGCUAGUCUCUUCCUCUAUAGUAAGUGACUUUGGAAUAAUAUACAAUCCCCCAAAAUCUCUUAAUUAAAUGUCUCUGAAAUUAGACACAUUAGACAAUGUUACGAAUUCUAGGCCCAUUCUAUUAGAUGUGGGACUAGAAAAAGCUGUAUUACAUGGUCUGACCACCAGAUGUCACUCACUGCACACAAAUGAAUUCCUGUAGAGUCAUAGCAACAGUACCGAUACUCAGACAGGGACUCAGACAGGCAUAACAAUUAUACAUUUACACAUUAUUACAUCACAUAGAAGUGACAUAUAUUGAAUGAAACAUCAACAAAACGAAUAUGUUAGUCUUUAACCUCUCUUCCUCUGUCCCCCUCCCUCCCUCUCUCUCCAGGACCUGGGACGGGUCGAAACAUCAACGGCUCCGCCUGCCUAUCCCAGUCACUGUGGCUCCUCCUGGCCUCCAUCACCUGCCUUUUCUUC